CUGUCGCGGCCGCUGCAACGUUUGCAUCUGGUUUCUUUCUCCUGCCGCCUUGUGCGGCCGGGUGUCACGCCUAAACCUAUCUCGUCACUGCUAAAGAUGCCCCAAGCAGAGUGAAUUCCAAGAGAUCCAUCCACCAGCGGUUGUUUCCUGUCCGAGGUCGCGCAUCCGAUCCUGCGAGAGGCGCCAACAAAAGAGGCGAGGAGGUGCCACCCCUGCGGCGGGAGGAGGCCGACCCGCCGUGCGUAUUCGCCGGAGGGAAGGGCGGGAUCGCUCCCAGUGGGGAACGCCGGGUGGCGCGGGCUCCCAGAUUCUGGCGACCCUCCUCGGCUCCCACGAGAGGAAAGUUUGCUCCCGCGCUUCCGGCCGGGCCCAGCCUCCCGAGCCUUCGGAGCGGGCGCCGUCCCAGCUCCGGGGAGCCGCGAUGCCUGGGGCGGGCUCCCGGGGCCCCGGCGUAGACGGGCGGCUGCGGCUGGCGCGCCUGGCGCUGGUCCUGUCGGUCUGGGUGUCCGCGUGGGCGCCCGGCUCCUCGGCGCCGUCCUCCUCCUUGUCCCCGGCGGCGUUCCCGGCCUCAGCGGGGUCGGCGCAGCCUCCUCCGGCCGACCGAUGCCCCGCGGCGUGCGAGUGCUCCGAGGCGGCGCGCACGGUCAAGUGCGUGAACCGUGACCUGCAGGAGGUGCCCGCGGACCUGCCUCCCUACGUGCGCAACCUCUUCCUCACCGGCAACCAGAUGACGGUGCUGCCCGCCGGGGCCUUCGCCCGCCAGCCACCGCUGGCCGACCUGGCGGCGCUCAACCUCAGCGGCAACCACCUGGAGGAGGUGAGCGCCGGCGCCUUCGAGCAUCUGCCCGGCCUGCGCCAGCUGGACCUCAGCCACAACCCGCUCUCUCGCCUCAGCCCCUUCGCCUUCUCCGACAGCAACGCUAGCAUCCCGGCCCCCAGCCCGCUGGCCGAGCUCAUCCUGAACCACGUCUUGCCCCCCGAGGAGCAGCGGGACAAUGGCACCUUCGAGGGCAUGGUGGCUUUCGAGAGCAUGGUGGCUGCAGCCCUGCGCUCAGGCUUUGCGCUCCAAGGGCUCCAGCGCCUGGAGCUGGCCAGCAAUCACUUCCUUUACCUGCCCCGGGACUUCCUGGCCCAACUGCCGGGUCUCAGGCACCUGGACCUUCGAAACAACUCCCUGGUGAGCCUGAACUACGUGUCUUUCCGCAACCUCACUCAGCUCCAAAGUCUUCACUUGGAAGACAACGCCCUCAAGGUCCUGCACAACAGCACCCUGGCAGAGUGGCAAGGCCUGGCUCAAGUCAGGGUGUUCCUGGACAAUAAUCCCUGGGUUUGCGACUGCUACAUGGCGGACAUGGUGGCCUGGCUCAAGGAGACAGAAGUGGUUCCCGACAAAGCUAGGCUCACCUGUGCAUUCCCGGAGAAAAUGAGGAAGCGUGCCCUCUUGAACCUCAACAUCUCUGACCUGAACUGUGAUCCUAUCCUGCCCCCAUCCCUGCAGACUUCCUAUGUCUUCCUAGGUAUUGUUUUAGCCCUGAUAGGCGCAAUUUUCCUCCUCGUUUUGUAUUUGAACCGGAAGGGGAUAAAAAAGUGGAUGCAUAACAUCAGAGAUGCCUGCAGGGACCACAUGGAAGGGUACCAUUACAGGUACGAAAUCAAUGCGGACCCCAGGUUAACAAACCUCAGUUCCAACUCGGAUGUCUGAGAAACAGGACUGGACAAGGACAGCUCUGCAUGAGGUGUAGACUUAAGGUUUUUUCCCCUUAACUAGGCUCGUUUCACUUCCUCUACUGUAGACGCCAUUGGCUUUGACUGAAAGCCUGGAGGGAAUUUGCUUCCUUGUUAUGUAAAAUUCUUGGUGUGUUUUGUUAAUGUAAGAACAUGAACAACUGUGCAUAUAGUAUUUACCCUCUUCCUUGGAACUCCUCGUUGCCUGUGGAGGGAUUGUUUUCAAGUUCCAGCAUGAACCUGACUUUUAGUUCAAGGUGUAGCAGACAUAUCUACACAGAUACCAUUCAACAGAAGCUGCCUCAACUUUUUUGAGAAAAGUACUUGAUUCAUAAAUAUCAGUUUCAUCCUCGUACCUAAAUUGUGGAGAAAAUAAUUGCCUCCCCAAAUUGCCUGCAGACCGUAGCAAGCUCUUAAAUAUAAUUUGUUAGUGCACAGGAGCACCUGCAUCCAAGAGCAUGCUUACAUUUUACUAUUCUG